UCCUUUAAUUGUCUCUCUUCUCUAUCACCCUUUACACCUCUGCCUCUUUAUAAUACAUAGUACCUCUCCCUUUUCUCAGAAACCCUAGAAUUUUCUCUAUUGAUCCAGCCAUGGAAUCAGGCCCUCGUGAGGAAGCUAGGAAUUCAAGCGAAGAAACGGAGAGACCGGAGCAAGAGGAGGAUGAGGAUAUGAUCACUGGCCCGUCCUAUGAUUGUGUGUUUUGCAAGAGAGGCUUCACCACAGCACAAGCCCUAGGUGGACACAUGAAUAUCCAUAGAAAAGAUAGAGCCAAGGCCAAGCCUCCUUCAUCAGUACUUCCCAAAAAACCUGAAGAAAAUUUCGUGAAUUCUGGCUUCUGCGUCUCAAUCUUAAGCUACAAGCCGCCCAACUCCACAGCUCCUGAGGCACAGAUAAAUUAUCAAGAGUAUAUUCUGGCAUCCACAUCUCCUGCAAGGGACCCUAUUGAUGAUUUUCGUGCUGAGAAGCAAGAGACUCUGAACGUAUGCAAAGAGGAUUGGCGCACGUGUCUGAGCUUGCAGGUUGGUCCGUCUUGUGCAUAUGAUAGUAAAGAGAAGGGACAAGAAGAGAAGCAAGAAGAUGAACUGGAUUUGGAGCUUCGACUUGGUCACAAUCCCUAGAGAACAUCAAGCUGAGCU